CUUCCUUCUGCUUUGACUCUCUCUCUCUCUCUCUCUCGUUUAUCCGCAACGACUUUUGGGUUUUCCUCUGCUUUCGAUCUGAGUCUCUGGUUUUUGGGUUUUCGAGUAUAAACGAUUUAGGGUUUGCUUUUCUUCUUCCUCAGGAAUUGCAUUCACUUGACUUGAUAUAGAGUUGUGGGCAAAACUAGCCGUGGCAAUCUUAUUACAUAGAGGAACAACAUGCUUUGGUACAGCCUCUCCGUCGACGUGUACCGGAAAGCCCUCUCUCUGAACUUGUACUGUCGUGUGAUUCUGUAAUUCCAUUUGAUCACCACAAUCCUUCACAUUCUUAGCCUUGUAUAAUUACCUUUGUUUUCCAUGGGAUCUAAUCUGUUUGUAGUCCUUCCCUGUUACGUCCUCAGCAUUAGCUGAAGUCUGGGUUCUUUUUUGUUAAUUCUCGACAUCAAAUCCGAUCGGUUACUAAUCUUUUUGCUCUAAUCCGGUCCGUACGUUCUUGAAUUGACAUCGAGGGGUGUCUGAUUGCUUGCCUGAAGAUUGCAGUGUUGCUUUGAUUAAAAGGGUUGGGGAAAUAGUAGUUAUGGUAAGCCAAGCAGCCAGUCAAACGACAUUUCGGGCAUUAAAACACAUGAAUGGGAUUGCUGGGGGUGCCACCAUAAUUGUCAGAGUCAUAGCAUGCUUUCAACCACUUCAGGAUUGUCAGGCUGAAUAUUUCCGUCAUUUGCUUAAACCCGUUACGUAGAUUGAUUUUCCUUCCUUUGUGUACAAGUUAAGCUGGAGUUUUUAGUUUUUCCCAUUUUUUCUGUAAGAAAAGACAAGUAAUCAGCCAUCUGUCAUACUGCAAACAUCGUUUUUCUGUUUUUCUUUUGUGUGUUCUUUAUGUUGAUUCUUAGGUGAUUGUUUUGGUUAUGGAAAAGGACUUCGGAUCCUGUACUCAUCACCAGCAUUCUUUUUGGCAAUUGCCCAGUUUGAAUUCCUCAAGUUUUCCAUUGGACUUGAGGCAGCAAAACGCUGUCCCAGCUUUCAUGAGUCCUUACACUAAUACGGUUUCUACAAAUGAGACUUUGCCAGUGUUUCCAUUUCCUGGACUCCCGCAUUCUACGGUAAGCCAACCGAAGGAACCUCUUGGUUGGUUUUAUUGCUAUUCUGGUUUCCAUCAGGCAUUCAAAGAGAGAAACUCUGCUGGUCCUUAUAAGAAUUGUGGGGAUGCCAUCACACCCAAUCCGGGGUCUGGAUGUGCACAGAGGAAAUUCCUUGUUUUUGAUCACUCUGGUGAUCAAACAACUUUGAUUUUUAGUUCUGCCCCUUCUGGGAUUGGAACUCCUGUUCAGUGCCCAACUUCUUGGAUGCCCAAAGCUCCUGGUGCAAAUGUUUUGAAUAGGGAAGAACCAGGAACUAAAAUUGAUACAGUUCAUCACUUUGGGCCAAAUUUGACUGAUGUAUAUACUGAAAAUCAUGGAGAUAAUGGGGAAAGUGAGAUGCGUGAAGACACAGAGGAACUCGAUGCCUUGCUUUACUCUGAUGAUGAUGACAAUUAUUCUGAGAAUGAUGAUGAAACAAGCACAGGUCAUUCUCCCAGUACAAUGACGGCUUAUGAUAAACAAAAAUGGUUUGAGGAAAGUGUAGAAGAAGUUGCUAGCUCUGCUGAGCAAACCAAAAGAAGGAAACUCUUUGAUGGAGGUUAUGAUGUGCCAUCACUCAUGGACACUGCAAGCUCUGUGAAAACCCAUAGAUGCUAUGAGCAUGAGGAUGAUGCGGAAUCUAGUUGUGGCAAUGAAGAAAAUCAAGGUUUGGAAGAGCUUGGUUUCUCACCAGGAAACAAAGGGUUGAGGAAGGAGAGCAUUCGCGAGACGGUGAGCAUUCUGCAGAGUAUAAUUCCUGGUGGGAAGGGCAAAGAUGCAAUUGUGGUUCUCAAUGAAGCUAUCCACUAUUUGAAAUCUUUGAAGCGCAAAGCGAUGGCUUUAGGACUUGAUACUCUUUGAGAUGGCAUCUGUCUUUAACGACUGGUAAUAGUAAUAUUUUGUGAUAGCAAUAGUGAUGUUACAUGAUUUAAAUUGUUAAUGUGGUAUCCAGAAUAAGUUGGGUAGAGAGGGGCCGUUGGACAAGAUUUUACCAACAUAAGAAGUGAAAACUAUAAGUUGUGGAUAGAAAGCUUCAAACAUUGUUGUGUCUUCAAUCAAUGAUCUAGUUGGUACCAGUAGCUUUGGUUCGUGAAAAUCUCUCUAGAGAAGAGGAGAGUGCAGAACAUUAUGCCCCAGUAGAAUGUUGGUGAAUUAUUACUUCCAUGUCUUGAGAUGUAGUCUCAAGUUCACUAUUUGGCAUAUGAGUUUGGCCGCGUGGCUGCGUGGAUGAUGGCUGGCUUAGGGCCCAGCUUUCACACUCACCCUUUUCACAAUCUUGUCAUAUAAAGUAUCCUUCGUAGGUCCUUUUUCUUGCUGAUCUAUUGCAAAAACGAACGGUUGAGUUGCUUGUAUUUCAUCUCAUCAUGUAUUUGGUAUGGGACCUCAAUUGCAGAACCACCACAUACUUCCAUCGAUUGAUCGAAGUUCCACAUGUGAGCUAGAAGCAUCUACUCAUCUGCAACUCAUUGCAUCAGGUGUGGUGGGGUUCCCCUUUGAUGAUGUUUGUAAUUUGACCCUGAAAUGCAUCUCUCUGUGUAGCUGUGUUGUUUCUAAUAAUAAUAAUAUUACGUGAUAGACAUUUUAGUGGGUGGUCUUGGUGGUUAAUGAUGAUGAUAUGUUAGUUUGAUAUAA